ACGCGGGUGGUGCUGGGCUCGUCGUGGUUGUGCGUCGGCGGCCGUUGCCAAAUUCCAAUCCGCGCUAGCGGAGUAGGUUCCGCUUCCUCAAAUAAUUUCUUGAGCCAAAAUCAUCCGGGCGAUUAGAGUUCCAAUCCGCCCUCAAUUUUUCUACGAGAAGUCCAACGAACAACGUUCUUUCUUUCUAAAGCGGCAAUAACUGCGUUGGGACAAACGAACCAAAUAUACACAUAUACAGCCGCCCACACACAAAACUCCCAACACCCACACCAAAACCACCACACUCGCCAAAAUGUCCACCACCUCCUUCCCCCCCCACCACUCCAAGCCCUCCCACCCCAUCUCUCCCUCCCUUGCCCUCACCCACCUAACCACCUACCUCACCGCCGCCAGCACAUCCCCCUCCCUCCUCCCCAACGCGACCCUCCAACCCACCGGCCCCAUCGCCCCCUCCGACGCAGCCUCCAACCUUACAAUCCAGCACCUCCGCCGCGUCGAAGCCGGGCUGAGAGGGGAGUGGUUGGCGCCUACACUUGAUCUGGCCGAAGGGGACGCCAAUGCCGUUGUCGACGACACAAAGGAGGGGAAGAACGCGGAUGAGGAGAUGGGAACGGAUGGGUGGCAGGAUCUGGAUGAGUAUCAGCGGGAGCAAAGUGUUGGUCUUGGGGAGCUUGGAGGGGAAACGGUGGUAGCGAUUGAGGAGGGCGCAGGGGAGGCACUGGAGGUGAAGGUGACGGAUGCGGCGGGGCAGAAACAGGAUAAGGAGGCGAGGAAGAGGGAUAAGAAGGAGAAGGAGAAGGCGCUGAAGAGGGAGAAGGCCGAGAAGGCGAGGAAGGGCGCUAGUGCGUGA